AUGAGCCGUGAGCACACCGAUAUUCGACCGGCGAUUUUGGAUUUCAAGGCCGACUGGCCGGCACUGGUCGAGAUUUGCGGCCUUCGGACAUGGUCUCACAACCUCCAUCCAUGCCCAUGCUGCACGGUGGAUAAGUCUUCCUUGUUGGCCGUCGGCACACAUUCCUUGAAUUCCUCGCCGAACCCACUUUUUACGCAGAGCUCUUAUGACGAGCUCGAAGUGAUUGUGCCCGACGACGAGACCCAACGGCGACUUCACAGCUUGCUCCGCUACAGCAAGAAUGGUCGGGGACGAUGCUUGAAGGCGGCCUUCCCGCCGCUGGGUCUUCGUAGAGGCCAUCGCCUGGAGCCAUCUGAACAUCUUUUGGACGUGGACAACUUUAUCCAUCUCACGACACCAUUCAGCUGUAUCUUCUACACCGGCGGGACGCACGGUCGCAUCCUCCAUCGAUCACCUUUUUUGAGAAUACCUGGGGUCUCGAUCGACUGCUGGUGCAUAGAUGUGCUCCACACAUGGCAUUUCGGACCAUUGUCCUCGUAUGUCGCACAUUCGCUGCGAACCCUGAUUUCUUCGCCGGUGUAUCAGCCGGCCAGUUAUAAGGACCUGGAGAAAGAGGAGGCUGACAAGCUCGCCUUGCUUCAUCUUCGUGCGGAACUUUGGUCGUUCUACAAGAGACGCCGAGAAUCAGACGAAGAUUGGAAGAGAAAAGGCUCAGAGGUGUGGAACCUGACCUUGACCAUGAUUGCUGGAAAAUAUCUCAAAGCGAAAGCUGCCGAGACACAUGGGCUGCUCAACUUCGUCGUCGAUAGACUUGCAAAGCAUUCGGAACAACUGGCUUCGACGACUGAAGCUGCUUCUGUCGAUCUGUUGCUGAGAGCAGGCACUGCAGCGAUGGACUUCGAUGCAGUGCUGGCGGCCGGCUCACCCGAGAGCGGUCGAUGCCGACACUUGUGCACUGCUGUUCGACAACUACAACAGGUUCAUCUGCCUGGCUGCCAGAGCCCAGAUCCCUCUCAUGCCUAA